GAUGUGCACGCUUCGCCAUAGGCCAAGUCCCACAGAGCGAUAUCGGCUACAAAGCAAACCUGCAGCAUUUCUGCCGCUCACCUGCACUGCUCUCUCACUCCAUUACUUUCUUUUUUCAACUGAUAUAUUAUUGUUGUUUUCCAUUGUCGCCCCGCUGUGGUGUCUCAGCAUACACGAAAAUCAUGGGAUUUAAAAAUGUCCUGCAGGGGCUACUUAUCGCCGCCUGCGCGGGGGUCGGCGGUGGUGCGCUCUCCAUCCGCUCCACGAUCAGCCAAAUUGAGCCGUUGCCGGUCGAAGAAGCGUACGCACUGCGGAACGCAUCCAAGCUCACCUCGUCGGGUUCUCCUGACCACCCGUCGCACCGACGUAUCUACGCCUACCGCGUAGAUGGACUCAUGCCCUCCAAGCACGCCACGGAGCAGGUGCAUAGCGGACACCUCCUGCGCAAACGUAGUAGCAGCAGCAGCGACGAAGACAAAGGCAAUCCCCACGAUCAAGACGGCACAAAGACCGCCCCGCAGCCCCUCGCCCCGUCUCUCGGCUCGCUCUACGCGCUCCACGCCAUCGAGUCAGCCUUUCCUUUCCGCACGGGGUGGAUGUGGCACACCUUCCGCGACACCCUCCGCAUCUCCGACACCUUCAACGUGUGGUGGCGCACCCGGCCGUCGUGGAUGUCGACCAUGUACACCACGUUAGCCACCACACCCGACGUGCAGGCGCGGGAGCUUCUCAUCCGCGAGGCCGCCGAGGCGGUGGAGAAGCUGUCCGAUGUGCGCUACGAAGCCCUGCUCGAGUCGGACGGCACGCACGGCGCCGUCAUUCGGGGAGGUCAGCAGAAGAUCAGCAUCACCCAUCCUUCACCGAAGGCGGGCGAGCCGGCGGAGGUGACGACGACGGAGAGGACGCACGUGGCGCCCCUCUACGGGGUGCGGUUCGACCUCCCGGAUGUGCCGGAUGCGGAGGAGCGCAAGCACCCCCAUCCCCGCUCGGCGCCCCUCUACGUGCUGUACAUCUCCGCACCGUACAGCAGCGACAACCCGAUCGACAGGUGGGAUCGGGUGCGGAUGUGGAAGGAUGAUUGGUAUAGCCGUUGGUUCGCAGCGCACGUGGUGAAAGCGCUCUCUGAGAUGUGA